CGGAGGCGACUCAGCGGAGAAGGAGCCUCGCGGCGGUUCUCCGCUGCUUCCGCCGCCGUUUCCCGCCAUGGUGAUGCUCCGCAGUGGCUCCGGAGGCGCCAGCCGAGCUGAGACUCACGAUGCCGCCGCCCCCGCGGCUCCGGUCCCCGCCGCCUCCGGGAGCCGGCGCCGGCGCAGCGCCUCGUCCAGGUCCCUCUACGAGGACGAGAUGGAGUCCAGCUCGGAGUUCCUCUCCCUGGAGGUCUCCUCGCCCUCCGCCCCCGGCGCCAGGCGAAGGGCAGCAGCCGGCGGAGCCGAGGAGGAGGAAGAAGGCCAGGGCCCCGCUGGAGGAGGAGGGGGAGCGGCGGCGUUUUCUUCUGACAAAGAAUGUGAACAUUUCCCAAGACACUUAAGAUCUGUGAGGAAGACAGUACUCAAACAGUACUCAAACUCUGAUUUUGACAAAGGCGUAACAAUGCUCAGUGAGAACGGCAUUAACAGGAAGCAUUUUACAAGGCAACUGGCUAGGCUGCAGGCUGAUGCAAAGAAUGAAGAUCAUGAAGAAGGGAAUGUAGUUCCUGUCACCAGAUCUGUGAAAAGUGUGAAGCUUCCUGAGCAUGUUGCAGAAGAAAAUGGUGAUGUUGAAGUCCGACGCAGUUGCAGAAUUAGACGAAGUCGCUAUAGUACUAUGAACCAAUCAGUUCUGUUUGAUAAGCUUAUUACAAACACUGCUGAAGCUGUGCUACAAAAAAUGGAUGACAUGAAGAAGAUGCGCCGGCGACGAAUGAUGGAUUUGGAUGACCUUGGAGUAUUCAAUGAUAGAGAAGAGGAAAGUCUUGAUGUAUACUCAAGAGGAAAAGCAAAAAGAGCAAUCCAAAGGACUGAUGAAGAAACCACUGAUAACCAGGAUGGAAGUGCAGAGUCUUCAGAAGAGGGUGAAGACCAAGAAGAUGAAGAUGCAGAAGAUAAUCAAAAACGCUAUGACCUUAGGCAACGAAAAACUAUUGUGCGCUAUCAAGCCUCACCAGAAAAGCCCAGACACCAAAGGAAGCCCAAACUAUUUUACCCUGAAGCAGCAUCUCCAGUAAGGCGAAGAUUUUCAUUUAGCCCUUCGGGACCAAGGAGCCCUUACUGUAAAAAGAUCACCAGACGAAAGCAUGCAAUGCAUAAUAGUGAUUCCACAUCGUCGUCAUCAUCUGAUGAUGAGCAGCGUUUUGAGAGGCGUAGGAAACGAAGUCGGAACAAAGCAUUAAGCAGGUGUCUUCCACUCAACUUUAGAAAAGAUGAGUUGAAAGGAAUCCACAAGGAUCGAAUGAAAAUUGGAGCAAGCCUAGCUGAUGUUGACCCAAUGCAAAUAGACUCUUCUGUACGAUUUGAUUGUGUGGGUGGACUCUCUAGCCAUAUUUCAUCUCUAAAGGAGAUGGUGGUUUUUCCACUGCUUUAUCCAGAAGUGUUUGAAAGAUUCAAAAUCCAGCCUCCAAGGGGGUGCCUGUUCUAUGGCCCACCAGGUACUGGAAAAACUCUUGUUGCCAGGGCACUUGCUAAUGAGUGCAGUCAUGGUGACAGAAGAAUAGCAUUUUUCAUGAGAAAAGGUGCUGAUUGCCUUAGUAAAUGGGUGGGAGAAUCAGAGCGGCAACUUCGUUUGUUAUUUGAUCAGGCUUUUCAGAUGCGCCCUUCAAUUAUAUUCUUUGAUGAGAUUGAUGGUCUUGCUCCUGUACGAUCCAGUAGGCAAGAUCAAAUUCACAGUUCAAUUGUAUCCACAUUGCUUGCACUGAUGGAUGGUUUAGACAGCAGAGGCGAAAUUGUGGUGAUUGGAGCUACCAAUAGAUUGGAUUCCAUAGAUCCUGCUUUGAGAAGGCCUGGACGUUUUGACAGAGAAUUCCUUUUCACCUUGCCAGAUAAAGACGCAAGAAAAGAAAUCCUUAAGAUUCACACACGGGAAUGGUCCCCUAAGCCAUCGGAGAUGUUCCUUGAGGAGUUAGCUGAAAAAUGUGUUGGGUACUGUGGUGCUGACAUUAAAUCUAUAUGUGCUGAAGCAGCCUUGUGUGCCUUGCGUCGGCGUUAUCCUCAAAUAUACACUAGCAGCGCCAAGUUGCAACUGGAUAUAUCUUCUAUUAACAUAACAGCUAAGGAUUUUGUGAUGGCUAUGCAGAAGACCAUACCUGCUUCUCAGAGAGCAGUGACCUCACCUGGCCAAGCACUCUCCACCAUUUCAAAACCAUUGCUUGAAAACAUACUUCAGAGAAUCUUGGAAGUUGUACAGAAUGUGUUUCCACAUGCAGAACUGGCACAGAAAGGAGAGGGCAAGUCAGGUCCUACGGUAUAUUUUUUUUCAUGCUCAGAUGGAGGAGUAGAAAUAGAUAUUGGCACAAGAUUGAGGAUUAGAACCUGGAUUGUCAUCAAACAGCUGCAAAAGAAUAGUGUAGAUUUUCCUCAUCAUGUGCUAGACACUGAUUUGCUAUACAGUGAUGAAGAGGGACCAUCAGUAUUUGAAACAGGACAUUCACAGAAAAGUUUUGAUAAACAUAAACAUACUUUCCUCAAUUUUAACAGACGUGCAUAUAAUCAACCAACAUCCUACCGACCAAGACUCUUAAUAGCAGGAGAACCAGGAUUUGGACAAGCCUCUCAUUUGGCUCCAGCAGUUAUACAUGCUUUGGAAAAGUUCACUGUGUACACACUGGACCUUUCCAUCCUCUUUGGAAUGAGUGCCAAAACACCCGAAGAAACAUGUGCACAGUUGAUAUGUGAAGCCAAGAGAACAGCACCAAGUAUAAUAUACAUUCCAAAUGUUCAUAUAUGGUGGGAGACAAUUGGACACACGUUGCAAGCAACAUUUACUACAUUGUUACAGAACAUUCCCUCUUUUGCACCAGUUUUGCUCCUUGCAACAUCAGAUGUACAUCAUGCAACAUUGCCAGAUGAGGUACAAGAUCUAUUUGCCAAAGAUUAUGGAGAGGUUUUUGAUGUCUAUUCGCCGAAUGUUGAAGAGAGAAGAAAAUUCUUUAAGGAUUUACUUCUUCACCAGGCUGUUAAACCACCUGCAUCAAAAAAGAAAGCAGUUUUGCAGAGUUUAGAAAUUUUACCAGUAGCACUGCCUCCUGAACCAAGGCAGUUAACAGAAGAGGAGAUCAAACAACUUGAGGAACAAGAAGAAGAUACAUUACGUGAACUCAGGAUUUUCUUAAGAAGUGUUACUCACAGGCUUGCCAUUGACAAGCGUUUCAGGGCCUUUACAAAACCAGUUGACUUACAUGAGGUACCAGACUAUGUCUCAGUUAUCAAGCAACCAAUGGAUCUUUCAACUGUUAUUUCAAAAAUAGAUCUUCACCAAUAUCUAUCUGCCAAAGAAUAUCUGAAAGAUAUUGAUCUUAUCUGUAGCAAUGCAUUAGAAUACAAUCCAGACAGAGACCCUGGUGAUCGCCUCAUUAGACACAGAGCAUGUUCACUCAGAGAUACAGCUUAUGCAAUAAUUAAAGAGGAGAUGGAUGAAGACUUUGAACAACUUUGUGAAGAAAUUAAGGAGUCUCGUAAAAAAAGAGGUUGCAGCUCUUCAAAGUAUGCUCCAUCUUACUAUUAUGUAAUGCCGAAGCAAAACACCACCUUGGAACGCAAGAAACUGGAUCCUGAAAGUAGUGAGAAACUGAAAAACCCUCCAAUACCUCUAGAUUCUAGUUCUCCCUCCAUUUCUAAUGCCUUAUCCAAGAGAAAACUGCGAAGAAAGAGCCGAUGGUGCCUGGGUAACCUAACAAAAAGAAGGAAGACUUCUCACUUCAAUAAAGAGAAUAAAGCUCCAGGAGAAGAACAAGAUGAAGCAGAAACUGAUGGAGAAGAAUGUAUGGAAAAUCAUGACUCCAGCAUCGAGCAAGCUGAAGCUGAAAUAACAGAAACUUCAGUAGUAGAAUCUCAAACUGUGUUUUCAGUACAGUACAACAAUGUGAAACCUAAUACAGAGAAUGAUAAAGAGCAAACUGUUGAUGGUAAUGCUAAGUGUAGAUCUGAGAAGGACAACAAAGAUACUGACUGCUCAGAACAGAGCAAAGGAUGUAAUGGAGAUGCACUGGAUCAUCCAUCAGAUAAGAAUGCUCAAGAUGUAUGUAUACUUCGCAUGACCCGUGCUAGGCGCUCCCAGAUGGAACAGCAGCAUCUCAUCAGUGUUGAAAGAGCUAUGGCGAUUCUCUCAGAGCAAACACCUCCCCUGAUUGUGGAUUAUGAAAAGCUUAAUGAAUUAUUGGAAAUUGUUACUGAGAAAAGCAGAAAUUACAAUAUACUUCAGUUGGAAAAACUUUACGCCUUGCUCAGUCAAUGUAUUUAUCGACAUCGAAAAGACUAUGACAAAACCAAAUUGAUCCAGGACAUUUCAAGAGAAAUUGCAGCUUUCAAUUAGUUCUGUUUAUAAAAUCUGAUUGUUAACAUUGCUGAUAAUUAAUUUGAAGCCACAUGUCUGUAUAUAAUAGAUUUAAAUGAUUUAAUGUUCUCAGUUGUACCCAGUGUGGGUGAAGAAGCCAUAGCUUUGAAGCUAGAACUAAAGAGGGCAAGUGGCCUCACCAUUGUGCCUGACUGUCUUCAUAAUGUGUGUUAGGAUUUUCCUUCUUUUUUAAAAAUUUAUCUCUAUCUGGUGCUAAUAUGUUUUUAAAAUAGAAUAUCCCCCAAUUACUUUUGUUUGGGGUAUUGAGGUUCUGAAAAUAUGUGUACAUAGCACCAUUUCUUUCCUGUAAAUUUAAUUAAAAAUAAUAAUUUAUCCAAAACAAAUCAUGUACAUAUGUUGAGCCUGUAUUAAAAAAAAUAAAUUUGAUAUCUUAACAUCCCAUAUGGUUUUGGACAAAUCACUACACUAAUUCUUGUAGUGUUGGUGUAAGAUCUCUUUGCUUCUCCAAAUGUUAUGUAAUAUAAAAUUGUGUUACAUUUUAAGGGAUAAAAUAAAUUUAUGUACUCUUUAA